AUGACUAGUGUCGAUUAUAAAAAUAAAAAUAUAGUUAUUGAUGGUAGAACAUUUAAUUUACAAAUUUGGGAUACAGCAGGACAAGAAAGAUUUAGAACAAUUACAUCAUCUUUUUAUAGAGGAGCACAUGGCGUUUUAGUUUGUUAUGACGUAACAGAUCAACUUACAUAUAAUAACGUUAGAUUAUGGAUGCAAGAAAUUCAAAGAUAUGCAGUACUUGGCGUUAGUAGAGUUUUAGUUGGAAACAAAUGCGAUCUCGAAGAUAGAAAAUUGGUAAACACAUCAAUUGCAAGAGAAUAUGCCGAUAGUCUUGGUAUUCCAUUCAUGGAAGCUUCUGCUGCAACUGGUGUUAAUGUUGAAGAGGCUUUCAUGGCAAUGGCAAAUGAAAUUUAUAGAAAUCAUAUGGGUGGUUCAAAACCUUCUGUUGUAAACCCAGGAAGUGGAGGUACCAGUAACACUGGUGGUAAAAAAAAAUUUUGUUAA